UGGUGGUGGAACUGCCUGGUGCUUCUCGUUGUGAGGAGCCAAUAAUGUCAACCAAUAGCGAACAGAAGAACCGAACCACCGACCCAUGGCAGCAACCAGGGGUCCAGGGCAUUGAGGGUAGGCACCUCCCGGUCGUUGCUUCCCCAUCGGCUUGUUCCGUCGUGCAGAGCCUCCUCUCUCCUCCUCCAUCUCCAUCUCUGUUCUCCAUCGCUGUUCUCCAUCGGGGUCCUCUGCUUCAAUACACGUUCACGUUCACAUUCACUUCAUCACAUAAACGCGACAGGAUCGUUUUCAAAUAUAGAGUCAAUUUCAACUGCCAUUACUACCAACUUGGAAUUCCAUUCGCUUGCUUCGGAUUGUAUUUCGUCCACCAUAUCCUCUCCAUAAUGCUAAAUGAAUAGCUAACUAUCUAUACGCCUCAGUUUCUAUGCAUUCGCUGCAAAAGUGUCCAAUCUAGUCAACUCCUAUAAUGCUUGGUAUACUAAUAUCAUCCUCAAUCAAACCUGAACUCCAUCCAUGCGGGUUAACAUGCUAAGGAACCCGUGUCUGUAUGCUACAGAAUGAAAUCUUCGGCCUACUCCGCUUCCCAACGCGCAUUUCUUUUCCUGUUUCCC